UUUUUAUUUAUUGACAAUACAAUUAACGUAAAUUUCAAUUUUCAGGCGAUAUCAACGAACAUGAUGGAUUCAGAGCGUAACUUGAGAAAAGCACUUGAAACCGCAUAUAACGGCAUUAAAUUUAACGUACUUUGUACGCAAAAUGAUUUUGGUUACAGUAUUCAGACAAAAUUAUACUGCAAAGUUAUAAAAAAUGGUGUCAGUUGCUUAGUAUUUCGAUGA